UUCCCGCCGGCACAUAACGCAAAUAGAGCGUUAAAAUGACGUUGAUAAAAACGACACGUAGCCGGCGUUUCCAAAUUCCACAGAACGGGAGAGAGGAGGAAGAGGUCUUGCCAUGGCGAUGGAUCGAGAGAAGGAGAGAGAGUCAGAGUUGGAGAGCGCAAUGUACACUAAUUGCCUGUUGUUGGGAUUAGAUCCGGCGAUCAUCGGCGUCGGCGGGGAUGAGUGGAACAGCGGGGUCGGCCAUUUCCGCCAUUCGAACCCUAGAUUGGGCGAGAAGCUUCUCUACUUCCUCCUCUCCUCUCUUAGGGGUCCUGUCCAAUCCGCAAAGGACUUCGAUAGGGUGUGGCCGAUCUCCGAUUCAGCCCAGUCCCGCGACUUCCGCAAGAUUGUGCAAGGUAUUAUAAGUGAUCUGGAAUCGAAAGGGGCUCUCCCGAGGAACAACGCGAGGCUUUCAGCGCUUGCUACUUGUUGUGGACCGAGAUUUGUAGAGCUUCUGUGGCAGCUUUCUGUGCAUGCUCUGAGGGAGGUCCACAGGAGGACUUUCUCUUCCGAUGUAUCCUCUAACCCACUUCCUGCUUCACUGACAGAUUUUUCUUAUCUGAAUGCUGCUGCAUUACUUCCAGUAACGAAGGCUAGGAUUGCUCUUGAGAGGAGAAAGUUUCUAAAAAAUGCAAAUGUUGCCGAUCAAAGGCAAGCUACGUGGUCAAACUUGUCUAAUGAAAUGACUGCUGAAUUUCGUGAACUUUCGGCGGAAGAGGCAUAUUUGAAGCAAGAAUUAGAAAAGCUGCAAGAUAUCAGAAAUAAAGCUAAGCUGGAUGGCGAACUGUGGGAUGAUCGUAUCUCAAGUUCUUCUGUUCAGAAUUCCUUGUUGGUUUCUAAAGCAACACGCUUGUGGGAGUCUUUGUUAUCUCGCAAGAGCCAACAUGAAGUUCUUGCUUCAGGUCCUAUUGAAGAUCUGAUUGCAUAUCGUGAACAUAGGUAUCGAAUCUCUGGAACAUCAUUGGCUGCUGCCAUGGAUUUAAGUAGCCAUGUUCCACAUUCAGAUUUGCUGGCUACUCACACAAGCAAAAUGCUGUCAUCUAUUGAUACCUUUGAACAAAUUGAUUCACCUCAGUUCCAGGGGAACUCUCAUAUUCUUUCUAGAACAGAUGAUAGGGGUGGACGAGUUAACCAUACUGUUGAUAUAGCUGAAAUUCUUAGACGGUGGACUCAUGCAUUACAACAUAUUCAUAAGCAAUCCCUGCAUAUGGCCAAAGCUAAUGAUCGGGAGGACCCAGCACUACUUCACUUGAUGUCUGAAAAUGGUUCUGAUGGUCAUACGGAAUAUUUGGCGGCAACACUUGCUGAACAUCAACAGCAUUUAGUAAGCCUAGAGAAGUCUAUAUUGGAGCUCACAGAAGAAGUGAAUACCAUAUCUCCAAUUUCCCUUGAAGAAAACAGAGAACAAUCCAUCUCACCUGUUGACACCCAAUGCAGUGGAAGAACUCCAGAGAAUACCACAGGUGCAAUUGUUGAGAUGACUUCCAGCGUCUUCUUAAAAGCCUCUGACAAGCCUGUUUUGAAACUACCUAAUUUGUUUAAUAUAACUCCAAAUUGGUCACGGAAGACUACUCACGGGGGAAAGCAGCAUUCUGUAUUUUCUCAUCCUGAGAAAUCAAAAAAUUUGCCUAAGGAUAAUUCAAUUGCCCCACUUUUUGGGGGUGAUCAUGCCAAUUUUACCGAAGAAGAUAGUGAUAUAUAUGCUCAGAAUCUUAGGCGUGCUGUUCGUGAGGCCGCACUGUCAGGGCCAUCAAAUAAUUCUGAGAACGCAGGGGAUAAAACCAGCAAUGCUGGUUUAGAGCAUUUCUUUAUUCCCCUUUCGAGUGAUUUUCCUCACAAAGAGGGUGUGGUCGACCUACUUUUUUCUUCUCGUGACAGUGAAGAAUCUCUUGAACAAGUUUUCUCACCUUCAUAUUUGAAGGAUGAGCCAGUCUUUGAUGAUUGCUAUGAAGACUUGCUUGCGCCACUGUCAGAGACUGAUGCUGCCUUAAUGGAAACUUCUAGCUGGUUACAGCACAAUUUAUCUCCUUGUUCGUAGUUGUGGAGAGUAUCAAUGAUGGGUUAGCAUCUCCUUUAUUUUGUGGUAUAUUCUUUGUCCUACGUAACUUAUCAUUUGAAUAUCGUCUUCUAGUAAGUUGAUGUCCAAUGGUUUCAAUUUUGCUAAAAGUACAAGCAAUUUCACUCCCUGACUUGACCUGCAAAGUGCACCCAGGCAGGAAAGGUAUUAGAGAAGAUUUGUACAAGAAAGUCGUCCACGACCAAUUUGGGAGUUGGAUUAAUUUGUGGUUUCAAAGGAAGGCUUGUUGGAGGCUUUCUCAGGAUGAAGGCCAAGAAGUUAUCAAUUUACAACUUUCUGAUUGCAAAAACAUUCCUGAGAAAGCUAGGAAAAAAAUCAACAUCUUAGGUUUCAUUUGUUACAAUUUUAUUACUUUUUUUUUUCAGAUCAUAAUUAAAAUUUCUAUUUGACAA